AGGUAGCAGAGGUCGUGUCCCUGCCCAAGUGACUGCCAGGCAGUGUAGGUCAUGGAUGUUAAGCAAAGUGUCUUCGCAGCCCUGUCUGCCUGUUCUCCGGAGGUUGUUGUCGUCUCCUCACGGAUUUACUUUGUGGGCCACUCCACAGCUGGGGAGCCGUGUUGUGUCCUUGUGGUUAUGGAGCAUCUUUGGCACUGGAGCAUCCCUUUUGGGAAGUCUCCUCUUAUCCCUGCCAUGUGAAGGCCAGCCACUUCUGCUGUGCUUGCACUGAGAGGUCAAGAGGCCUUAAGCUGAGGCAGCAGGGAGAAGAGGCAGCGAACAGAUCUUUAGAGGAUUCCAGAUGUGUGCCCUUAUGGAGAGAACAUUUUGCCUCUGUUGCAGGGUGAAAGUAGCUGUGUGGGUCAGGUAGGCUUUAUUUGCAGUGCUUCCCACUUUUUAACACACUGUUUCUCGUACUAUUGCUAGUGGCAACCUUGGAUUAACCUUGAGUUUACCUGCAUUCACUCAAUCUCCUUGUGUCAAAACAGCUUUUAUUUCAGCCAAUAAAUAGCUAACUGCUUUUGUUUUGUUGAAAUUGGUGUUACCAUUUUGAGGUAUUCUUGCUUUAAAAAAACUUGGGAAUUUUGAAGUUGGCUUUGAAUAUAUUUGCUAUUCAUAUUAAAAGCUUAUUUGAAAGAGGGCUUUAUGCAGCAUGACUUCUGAGGUGGUGACAUACUGCUGGGUGAAGAUGUUGUGAGAAAGGUGAGGUGAAAGGCAAAUUUUUGGAGUGAUAACUAAUCAGGAAAGAUAAUAUAUACCAUUUAUACCUUUUUAAAAAGCUGGAAAUAUUGCCCAGGCUCGAGUAAAAGGUGAUGUAGCAGUGGGGGAGAAGAGCAAAAGGCAGCAAGAGGAAGAACUGGGGCUUCAGACCAAAGCCCCCAAGAGCUCUUGGUGUGGUCUCCUCAGCUGGUGUAAACCCUUGGAGGCUUCUCAUCUCAGAAGAAUGAAAGCUUCAUCUACUAAAGAGAUGAACUCCACUGUCCCUGGGCAAAAACCAGUGGUGCAAGGUCUGAAAGGGAGAUUAGUUUGCUGCCUCAUCAAGUAUGUGAUGCUGUAAGAGGAUUGGAUUUGCAUAUCCAAGGAGCAGUGAGUUUUCCUAUUAUUGAUUACUUAGGAUUCCCAACUUAAUGUUUGCUGUGUUGCUCUAAUUGCCCCUGCCAAGGUAUUUAGUUAAAAGUCUAUAGGUAAUUUCAACUGGGUUGCAAGGUAGAAUUGAUUAAUACUAAUGAGCCCAAACAAUGAAAUACAGUUUUCAAGAGAAGGCUUAAGGUCUAUAAACGGUGACUGGAGCUCAUCUUGCAAGUGAACAUUGCAGGUGGAUGCAUGCUGCUUCAAGAUCCAUUGAUAUGUGUGAGAAGUGCCCUUGGUAAGAUGACUUCUUCAAUUGUCACUCUUUUAAUAGUUUCGUUUGACAACAAUCUCACUGCACAACACAAGGUCAGGCCAGUAGGAGGAGUAACUUUUUCUCCUGAAAUAAAAAUAUUGUUUUCAGUUUUGCCUGUUAUUUUUUUGACAAAUCUUGAUUUUAUAGUGUCUCUACAGAAAUUUCUCCUUUUCUUGUCCUGAACCAAAAGUUGUUUUUGAGCAUGUGAUGUAAACUGCUGUGUGACAGAUGAGCUUGAAUAUGAAAAUGUUAUAGUCGCUAUUUUCUUUGUAAUGGAUGCAAUCAGAAUUCUGUCAGACUUUGAGCCCCAUUACAAAGCCUUUAUCACCUUUCUUCCCAUUACUCAUUUUUUUUUUUUUUUUGUGAUUUUAAGUAUUGGCUUUGUAGGAUUUAAAUAUAUCUUUGUUUGCUAUAAAUCUACAAGGAGGGAGAGACAUCUACAAGAAAAAGGAUGCUAUUAAACCUGUAAAUUUGAGUGUACUGCUUCUAUUACCUCAAGUUUUGCUUUUAUGUAGUGAAGAAUUAUCAGGAAAUUUCACAUCUGGUAUGUUUCAAAAAAGCUGCAACAAAGUUAUUUUAAUAAGAAAAAUGAAUGCAUGAAUUAUUUAAAAUAGUUGGUGCAACUGUUCCUAUUAACUAAUCCAGGCACUUGGAAGGCAAUUACACUGAGCUUUGACAACACUGCCAACCCACUGCACAGUGUCUUAUGCCAAAAGCUAUUGUUGUUUUAUUGACCACGUUCACCAUUACAUAUGCAUAUGAAAAAACAGAGGCAUUUUCAUCGGGAUUACCCUAAUAGCAUUAAGAGAUUAUUUUUUAAAUUUCCUUGGAAGGAAAUUCACUUAAAUGAGAUUACUUAUUACUUGACUGGUUUCCUAUCAUGCUUCUAUGUUUAGGUAAGUGGAGUCCAUUAGAGUAUAAAGUUUUUUUAAAAACUGAUUUUAUACAUUAAUGAUUUUGAAUAAAAGAGAAGUACUAUAUUUGUGCACAGCUUCUUUUGAGAAAGUUAAGUCGAUGCUCUGGUUAGGAGAGAUAACACUUUUUGUCCCCCUUGGUGGCCCCCCUAGUGUCACCAUUAGUUGCUAAUUACUUGCAAACAAAUAAACAAUUAACUCCUCGUGCCUCUUGGUGGGAGAGUUUUCAUUGACAUGCUAAAACUUUCUAAUAAAAGAUUUUAAUUAAUGACGUUGCAAAUCCAACCCCCUUGUCAACUUAGCUAUAAGGAGGACUUGUGGAGAAAUGCAAGUACAGUACUCCUGCUAUGCUGACUGAGGGCGAAGGCAUGGCUGGUCCCUCGCUGUGUUCUGCCGCCACCGCGGCCUCCCCGGAUCUGCACAGGGUGCCCAGCUUUGCAGAGAGUAAAACCACACAGUGCUCCUUUUCAAUUGAGAGUAUAUUGGGACUGGAGCAGAAAAAAGAUGACAUUCCAGCUGGGAAACCUCACAGACCCUGGAUGGAUGCAUGCACCAGUGUGGUUUUAGGUGAUGACAGUAAUCCCCAUCUGCAAAUCCCUGUUGUUUGCUAUGAGAAUCCAUUAUUUCAUGCUAGAAGUGGUCCAGUGCAAGAGGAGAAAGUUUUGAAAUGUGAAAAAUAUUUUUCAGUAACUGAAAGGCUGUCCUUCAAACGAGAAUUGAGCUGGUACAGAGGUAGAAGACCAAGGACUGCAUUCACUAGAAACCAGAUUGAAGUCUUGGAAAAUGUUUUUAAAAUGAACUCCUACCCCGGCAUUGAUAUUAGAGAAGAGUUAGCUCGCAAAUUAGAUUUAGAUGAAGACAGGAUCCAGAUCUGGUUCCAGAACCGUCGUGCAAAACUGAAAAGAUCACACAGAGAAUCUCAGUUUCUAAUGGUGAAAAAUACUUUCACCUCCAGCCUGCUAGAGUAGAAGGAUGACUUGCUGUUACAGUACUACUACAGAAAAUGAAGAAUUACUCAUAACCUGUAUUAAGUAAUGAUAUAAUAAUUAUGAUUUUAUGCUCAGAUUUGAAAGUUUAUUAUAAUUUUCAUUCAAAUAAACUGUAAAUACUUGAAGUAUUAUUAUAAUCUACUUUAUGUGGGAAAAGUGAACUUUUCCUAUAUAUUUGAGUGAGUAUUUUCAGAGAUUUUGAGAUACUUUUGCAGAUUAAAUCAAUGCAAACCCUAGGUUGCACAAGAAUUUCAGCUACUAUGAAUUACUGCAGAAGGCUUGACA